AUGGCUCCCUCGAAACGUAAAAAGGAGCAGGAUGAAGAACAAGCCGAAGAGGAUCUAAACGAAGCAAAUUACGACGAAGUUAGUCUUCUCCUCUUCCAUUUUGACACUUACUCUUUUUCGGGCUACGGUGGAAGCAUCUGUUCCAAAGACCCCUACGAGAAGGACGAUGCCGAGGCGGAUGAAAUCUACUCUUCCAUCGAUGAACGCAUGGACGAACGCCGCCGCACCUACCGCGAACGUCGACUGCAGGAAGAGAUCGAGCAGUAUCGCAAGGAGAGGCCAAAGAUUCAGCAGCAGUUCAUAGACCUUAAACGGGAUCUGGCCUCUGUUACUGAGUCGGAAUGGCUUAACCUGCCGGAAGUUGGUGAUGCUCGCAAUAAGAAACAGCGUAAUCCUCGAGCUGAACGCUUCACUCCAGUGCCCGACAGCAUUAUCGCCAAAAAUCUUCAAGAUAAUCAGAUCAAUUCGAAGCUGGACGCCGUGGAGCAGCUUCACGGUGGUCUUACCACACCUUUCGGUGCGCAAACACCCACGGGUGAUAUCGACAUGAGGAAGAUUGGCCAGGCCCGGACCUCCCUAAUGGACAUCAAGCUUAACCAAGUUUCAGACAGCGUAUCCGGCCAGACGGUUGUUGACCCCAAGGGCUACUUGACCGACCUUCAGUCCAUGAUCCCGCAACACAGCGGCGACAUUAAUGACAUCAAGAAGGCUCGCCUGCUGCUCAAAUCAGUGCGAGAAACCAACCCGAAGCACCCUCCCGGUUGGAUUGCCUCAGCUCGACUUGAGGAGAUCGCCGGAAAAUUACAGAUUGCUCGGAAUCUUAUAAUGCGUGGCUGCGAAGAGUGCCCCACUUCGGAGGACAUUUGGUUGGAGGCAGCUCGUCUCUCACCGCCCGAACAGGCCAAGUCGAUUGUGGCUCAGGCUAUUCGCCACCUGCCGCAGUCCGUACGCAUCUGGGUCAAGGCCGCUGAAUUAGAGACGGAAGUAAAGGCCAAACGGACCGUCUACAAAAAGGCCCUGGAGCACGUGCCCAACUCGGUGCGCCUCUGGAAGUUGGCCGUGGAGUUGGAGGACGAGGAGGACGCGCGGGUCAUGCUGAGCCUUGCCGUCGAAUGCUGUCCUACCUCAUCCGAGCUCUGGCUAGCACUGGCCCGCUUAGAGACCUACGAGAGAGCACGUAUUGUGCUUAACAAAGCCCACGAAAACAUUCCCACGGAUCGUCAGAUCUGGUUCGCUGCUGCACGUCUAGAGGAGGCCCACCAGAAUCCCGCCAUGGUGAGCAAGAUCAUCGAGACUGGCGUGUGCGCUCUCAAGGCCAACAUGGUGGAGGUAAAUCGGGAUGAGUGGAUCAAGGAGGCUGAAGAAUGCGAGAAGGCCAAAAGCGUUCUCACCGCACAGGCCAUAAUCAAAGCCAUCAUUGGGCAUGGCAUCGAGGAGCAGGACAAAAAGCAUACUUGGCUGGCUGACGCUGAGGCCUGUUCAAACAACGGUGCCGUGGAGUGUGCUCGUGCAAUCUACGCUGUCGCUCUGGCCGCUUUCCCCACCAAGAAGAGCAUCUGGCUGCGGGCAGCCUACUUUGAACGCAACUAUGGCACUCGGUAG